CAGCGAUUCGGGCACGGCAGCACCACACCCAGCACCACCACCACCACGACGCACGCCAGCGGCGCUCGACGCAAUGCCUGCCGCCAUGUCGCCCGAGCCGGCUGCGUCUGCCAAGGCGGAGAAGAAGCACAAGAAAGACAAGUCGGAGAAGAAGAAGAAGCGCGCCCGGGAGGAGGAGGGGGAGGACGCCGCUGCCGCCGACGGCGACACAGAGCGCCGGCACAAAAAGUCCAAGAGCACCGCCGCUGCCAUUGCCCCGGAUGCGGCCGAUGCCCAACCGAGCAAAAAAGACAAAAAAGACAAGAAGGAUAAGAAGAAGAAGAAGAAAGACAAGACGAGCAAGCUGCAGGAAAAUGAGCUCGUGAAGGCGGAGACGGAGGAGCAGCAGCCCGAGGCCGAGGAGGCCAAGGCGGAGAAGAAGAAGCCUAAGAAGAAGAAGCACAGAGAGGCCGAGGAGGCUGCAGCCGAACAUGAGCUGCCCGUCAAGGCCGAGGACGACACCGAGAAGAAACAUAAAAAGAAGAAAAAGUCCAAGAAGCAUGCCGACGAGCCCGCCGCCGAGCCCUUGACGACCGCGAAUGCCGCGCCGACUGACAUCGACACCAUGGACAUCGACCAACCCCAGGCAUCGUCCGUGUCGCAGUCCUCCAACAUCUAUCAGCCACCCGACAUGCCCGCCAAUCCCCGCUUCCCCUUCUUUUCGCAGACCGUCUCUCUCUACGAGCCGCUAUACCCGCAAGGCUGGGCGCAACCCGUCACCAACUCCAAGUACCAGCACCUGCAGCACCUCCAGAACAAGUAUGUGCCCGCAUUGCGCGGCGUGCUGCUUGACUAUAAGAACGUGGCCAUCGGGCCCGAGCCGGGACGAGACGGGGCGGCGACCGACGACGACACGCCGACGACGGUGCUAUCACAGCGCGAGUUCGCCGUCGGGUUCGGCUGGAUCACCGCCGACGUGGAGCUGUUCGUUCCCAGCCGUGGCGCGUGGAUGGAAGGCAGCAUCAACCUGCAGACAGAAGGCCACAUCGGCGUCGUCUGCUUCGGGCGAUUCAACGCGUCCGUCGAAGCGCGGCGGCUGCCGCCGUCGUGGCGGUGGGUGUCCAACGAGUCGGUCGAGGCGCACGGCUUCGAGGAGACGGCGUCGGUCAUCACGGCCGACGACCACGGCGUGGUGCGCCAGGUCCACAGCACGGGCUUCUGGGUCGACGGCCAGGGCGAGCGGGUCACGGGCAAGGUGCGCUUCCGGAUACGCAACUUUGACGCGGGCACGAGCGGCGAGACCAGCUACCUCAGCCUCGAGGGCACGAUGCUGGACCGCGAGAGCGAGAAGAAGCUCGUCAAGGAAGAGGCUCGGGCGGCGCAGAUGCGCAAGGAGAAGAGGGUCGGCGGGCGGGCCGUCGAGCGGCGCCGGGCGCCCGACUUUGCCAUGACGCGGUUCGCGGCCGACGGCGCCGCCGAUGAGCAGAAGCAGGGGGAGACACAGGAGCAGGCGGAGCCGGAGAGCGAGGAGCCCAAGCCCGAGCCGUGGACGGUCAGCCGCGCGCAAAGCGAGGAGGCGGAUUGA